AUGGGGAGCGAUCCUCAAUUAGAUGCAAUAAUGGACAUGGGUUGUGAUACAAUGCAGCCUAGGUACAUGUUUAGCAAGGAUUUCAAAGUGUCUAUACCAACAAGGGAAGACUGGAAAAGAGGACUAAAACGUCAACAAGACAGCCUGAUCUGGUAUACUGACGGCUCCAAGAUGAACUCAGGAACAGGAGCGGGCGUCUACUCCAAACAAUCUGAGCACAGUGAAAGCUUAGGGAGGUUUGCAACAGUGUUUCAAGCUGAAACCUAUGCUAUAAUCAUGUGCGCAGUAAGGAAUAUAGAACAGGCGCAUAAAAAGCGUGACAUUUACAUAUUAAGUGACAGUCAGGCAGCACUCAAAGCCAUUGCCUCAGUGAGGGUUGGAUCCAGACUCGUUCUGGAGGCAAUCUUGGCACUGAAUAAACUUGGAAGGCACAACAGGGUGACCCUCAUGUGGGUACCUGGACAUACUGGAAUCGAAGGCAAUGAGAGAGCCGACAGUCUAGCGAGACAAGGGUCAGAGGCGGCACCUAUUGGGCCAGAGCCGAUAGUGCCCUUAUCUAUGAGCACUUUACACAUGGCCAUGAGGCAAUAUAUAUCCAGGAAGCACAGAGCUGAAUGGGAAAGCUCCAACGGUAUGAGCCACUCCAAACUAUUCCUAGUUGGAAACACAAGAUCAUGGGAAAAGCUCAUACUCAAUGGAAACAGAAGGCAAGCCCGAGUGAUCACGGGUGCGCUGACAGGACACUACACUACAAACCACAUGCUCCACAAAAUGGGCCUAACUACGGAUGACAGCUGUCGAGUAUGUGGAGAACAUGCGGAGUCCAUGAAACACGUACUGUGCGAAUGUGACGCGCUAGCUAGAACUAGAAUGGGUCUCCUGGGGUCGGCUUAUCCGACACCAGAAGAAUAUAGGUCCUUCUCACCAAAGCUCUUAAUCCACUAUAUGGAUAGGAUCUUUGCGGAUGAGAGGGGAUAA